GUGCGUGGGAUGAAGGGAGCCUGACGGCCAUCCGAGGAGGAGAGGAGCCGCCGCGAGCUGCCCGCCAUGAGCAGGGCGCUGCUGGCCGGCAGGAUGCAGCCCGAGGGCCGCAGCGUCUGCGUCUUCCUGCCCGACCGGGAGCAGCUCAGCCUGACCGUGGGGGUCAAAGCCACUGGACAGGAGCUCUUUCAGCAAGUUUGUGAUUUAGUGAAGAUUAAAGAGCCUCACUUCUUUGGCCUCAGCAUUGUUAAAAAUAAUGAGUAUGUUUUCAUUGACCUGGAGCAAAAGCUUAGUAAAUACUUCUCAAAGGAAUGGAAGAAAGAGACCAACAAAGGAACAGAGAAAUUCAGCCCUCCUUUUGUUGCAUUCUUUAGAGUACAAUACUACGUAGAAAAUGGAAGGGUAAUAAGUGACAAGGUGGCAAGGCAGCUUUACUACUGCCAUCUCAAAGAGCAAGUACUCAUGUCUCGGUGCAACCACAAAGAAGAAAUCUACUUCCUGCUGGCUGCCUACAGCUUGCAGGCAGACUUGGGCAACUACAGGGAGGAGGUCCAUACUGGGAAAUAUUUUGAACCUCAGGCAUAUUUCCCACAAUGGAUAAUUGCAAAGAGGGGGAGUGACUACAUCUUGAAACAUGCCCCAGAGAUGCACCGAGAACAGCAAGGCCUGAGUGCAAAGGAAGCUGUGCUGAAGUUCAUUAAGGAGUCCUGCUUGUUGGAAGAUGUGCCUGUCCACUUCUACAGGCUGCAGAAGGAUAAGAAGGAGGAUCGCCCAACAGUUAUCCUGGGCCUGACCCUUAGAGGAAUGCACAUCUAUCAGGAGGUGAACCACGUUCGUCAGCUCCUCUACGACUUUCCCUGGUCGCACAUCGGGAAGCUGGCGUUUCUGGGGAAAAAAUUUGAGAUCCAGCCAGAUGGUUUGCCCUCUGCACGGAAACUAGUUUACUACACAGGUUGCCCCUUCAGGUCACGGCACUUGCUGCAGCUCCUCAGCAACAGCCACCGGCUCUUUCUGAAUAUCCAGCCAGUGUUGAAGCAAAUCCAAAAACUGGAGGAGGCUGAAGAGAAGAAGCGCUACCGGGAGUCCUAUAUCAGCGACACGCUGGACAUGGACUUGGACCCGUGCGACAAGAACUCGCGCGGCAGCGGGAGCAGCGUGGGCAGCCGGAGGGAUAACCGCCUCUCGCGCCAGUCCACGGGGAGCCACGGCAGCUCUCACACCUCGGGCAUUGAGGCUGACUCGAGGCACCGAGUGUCAGUGGAAAUGUCGGUGGAUGAGCCCUUUAGCAUCGACCGAGUGCACAGGAAGGAGAAAUCCUGCAGCUCAACCAUCAGCUACGGUAGCUCUGGCAUUGACAGUGGCAGCAAAGGGAGGGCUGAAGAUGACUCUCAGGAUGAUGAUCUUGAGCUGGCAGUAGAUGAGCCAGAGGAGGUGCCUGUAGAUGAGCCUUUAGAGAGAGACCAGUUAGAGGAGGCCACUGUGGAAGAAUCUGUUGAAUCUCUUCCUCUAGAUGCUGCUAGCUGCCAAGCUGUAAAUCAGGAGUCGCUGUCUGUGGUGCAAGUCACACUAAUAAAAAUGAGAGGUCAAAGUGUGGAGUCCCUUCAUCAGGUCAAAUCGCCCAAAGGCAGGAGCUGCACGGACCAGCACAGCCAGAGUUUGGAUGACAUCCGCCUGUACAAGCACCGGCACCCGCCACUGAGUGCCACGCUAUCUUCAGACACGUCCCACAGCUACACAUUCGGCUGCAGCCUGGAGGAUAAGCUGUCUAUCUACGGCUGCGUUUAUUCCACAGCAGACUGCAAAACCAAGUCUGCCCUUUACGGGAAGCGAUCCAUGAACUGCCUCUCCUUGGAUCUGCUGGGAGAGGACCAGCUGCCAGAGGAGUUCGUGGUGUAAUGAGAUUGGAGCUCUUCCAUACCAGCACACCAUGGAAAUAUAUACCUCAUUAACACGUGUGAUGUCACUGGGUCUCGUAGGAGAUUGAGCAGCUUUGUUACUCAACUCCAUAAUCAGUAAGUGGCAUCGCUUUUGCCGACCUGACUACAGGGCAAAUCAGCUGGAGUGUAGCACUUAAUGUUGGCACUGGGAGGGUCUGUUGGGCAGAAAAUGGAAGUGGGCUGCACCAUUAGUAGUGACCAAAAAAAAAAAACAACCCAAAACUGGACCAA